AUGGUGACCUACGAGGAGCUCAAAAAGGUUUUAAAUCACCAGACAAAGGUAGUCAGCAAGCCCCUAGUUUUUGACAAGGACGUGCAGCGGUUUGUGGAGCAAGUAGAAAGCGAAGCGGUCUCGAAAACCCAAAUUGUGCGGAUCAUAAAUUCCACAAACAGAUACCUAAACAAGCGAUAUGGACAGUUUUUUCAUCGCCAGAGUAUAGUGCAGAUCAUUCAGCAGGUUCUGAACAACGAGCACGCGCUCGAUCUGCAGCGCAAGCAAAAACUGCUUGCAUUGAACGAGAUUCUGAUGAAUUUCGGAUCGGAUACCGUGGUGGACGUCAAUGGAAACUACGAAGACGACCGCGGAUCAAAUAAUAUUGAUAUGAACGGGAUGAUGAGAAUCAAGCAGGAGGAGAUCUUAGGAAUGAUUGACGAACUACCAGAUCCAGACAAUCUCACUGCACAAAAUGAUGAACUUCUAGCGCGCUACGAUGAGCUUCGGUCAAAGCUGGCAGAUAAUCGAGCCAGAUUGCUCAGGUUGCAGGACAAAAAAAAGUACUACGAGAAAACAAGAAAGCUCCUGAGUGAAAUGACGGAUUCCACAGAGGACCCUGAUUCCACCCUACAGAAGAAUCUUGUGCUUAACACCAACGACCAGCUGGUCAAUGAGGUCUCGCAAACACGAAUUCAGCUUGCAAUGAUAAAUGAAAGAUUGCAGGACCCAGAAUUCGCGGCCCAGCUAAGAAAAAAACUCCAUGUAGACCUGAACUGA